UGACCGCAUUGAGCACAAGCGAUUUCCAAUUAUGUUGCAGCGAGCCUUGCAGUUACAUUUUCUGCUCGUGUUAGGCAGCUCGUAACUGAAACCUCCGCGUUCUGUCGAGAAACAGUGUCCCUUGACGUCAAGCAAAUCGUAUUUGCUCUCGAAAUGCCGCAAUAUCCUUUGAGGGGAUGAUCGUACGUCAGGUAUAUAAGUCAAGAGGAUCUCCUCCAUUGAACAGCAUCAAACAACCAUCUGCACAACAACCGUCUACAUCUCAUCACCAAUCACCACGACUUCAACCUUUACCAAUCAUCUUUGAACAAUCAACACCUUCAAAAUGCAGUUCAAGGUCAUCGCCGCCACUUUCCUCGCCUCCGCUGGCCUUUCCACGGCCGCUCCCCUUGAGGUCCGCACCGAGACCUGCCCCGUCGUCCAGCAGGGAGACUACGUCUGGAAAAUUGACAACUUCUACGCUCGCAAGCUCGACGGCAAGACUAUCAGCUCUCUCCAAUUCAACGUCAAGGCUACCAACGGUGGCACUGCCGACUUCAAUUGCACAUCUGAGGGCGAUGUUGAGGACAACAAGUUUUACGAGUGUGGCAAGAACUCCUUCAUCUACUGGGCGUGGAACAGCGACCGCUCUGGUCUUCUCCUGAAGCAAGAUGUUUCCGAUGACAUCCAGUACGUCGCUACCACCACUCUCCCCAACUACUGCCGCGCUGGUGGUGCCGGCCCCAACGACUUCGUCUGCCAGGGUGUCUCGCCUGCCUACAUUACUCUAGUCCCCUACCCUUCCAAGCUCGAGUAAGGGAUCUCAGAGCUUUGGAAUGAUGCUUGAGCUCAACCCUACGGGGAGCAGGAGUGCAAGGAUGAACAAAGCGUAAACUGUGUAGACAUUAGAUUCGGUAUUAGCGACCUCACUCCUUCUUGUAUAUACUAUUUUUUCAGGUGUCACGAUAUCGUCAUCUUUAAGACUCACGAAUGAACAUCACCAUCAACAUCAUUACCCUCUUGUUUGUCACAACAUGCUACGCGGUGAUAGUUAACUUGGCUGAGAGCUGGUACAACAACUUCUGCAGUACACAAUGGCAAAUAGAAAAUAUCUCUGACACUAAUCUAUAGCCAUAGUAGCCUGUUGCUGCGAUCACGAUUAUGGCUUGACUGUUCCCGAAGGACGUACCAGACAAUACAGUUGAUGAAACAUGCUAACGCCGUGAUUUUGGUAAUGAGGGCCGCUUAGUCC